AUAACCUUGCUGAGGCUGGCCGGGUGGUGGCUGCUGGUUGUGCAUUGUUAAUACUGCCUUCUUCUUGCUGCUGAACUUGUGUCGUGUCCGCUUGAUGAACUCGCGGGAUUUUCUACUGUGCACGAUGUGCAACGUUCAGACAAUCGACUAAAUUCGGACUCAGAUGGUUAAUUUCUGAUUCCACCAAACGGUGGACGUUGGUGGACUCUUCCAGUCAUGAUGAGACCUGCUGCGUGAGUUUUAUGCCGACGAGAACUGGCCCCUGUGUCUUCCUGGUCGACUGGAGGUGCUGAUGGAGCAGGGUUACUCUUGCUCCACUCCUCUUCAGACGACGGCGCGGAUGGCGCUGGCGACUUCGCCAUUACAGACUGCUGUGCUGUCGGUGCGUUCUGCGGCGAAGAGUGAAUUUCUCGUGCCGGCGCCGAAAGCUUGGCGAAAUGUGGAGAGUUGGACGAGUACAAUGGAGGUGGAGGAGGGGGCGGUGGUCCGUAGCAAUAUGGAGGAGGCACAAAGUGCCAAUCCGGAUGCGAUCCAGGUGAACGUAGUGGUUCUUCGUGUCGCCGGUGAAGUAAAUUGUCUGCGAAGCGACUGAAGGUGUGCAGAUCAGGGAAACGUGGAGACCUGAAUCCGUAGUUUGAAGGAUGGCGACGGCGACCGUCGCGCUGAGGUCGAGGGAGAUUCAUGGUGCUAGCUAGAAACACUGAAUGAUAUCGGGCCUUGAGUGGUUUGUAACUUGUUGCGAAAUGCCUCACGCUUUGAUACUACGAAUCGGUACUCUAACUGUGUGACACCUCGGAUUCAGAAGUGGCGCCGAGUUUACCCACAGCUCCAUCAUUUCAGAGCCACCGACAAGUGUGUAAAUGUUUACCUACGAUCUGGGGUUUGGAAAAUAAGGUUUAUUGACGA